AUGGCUCCUCCAUUAGCCGGGGCAAAACAUAAUUCUCAUCAACGGAAGUUAAAACCCAUACUCGGAGUCUCAACAGCUUUAAUUGUAGUGAUCAUUAUUGUUGUGACUGCGGUAAUAAUGAGAGCAAAGAGCACGAGAAGAAAGAGUCACUGGAAUGACAACAACAUUGAAGCGGCUGUGAUGUUGAAACGAUAUAGUUAUGAAAACGUCAAGAAGAUGACUAACUCAUUUGCUCAUGUUAUAGGGGAAGGAGGUUUUGGAACUGUCUAUAAAGGAAAAUUACCCGAUGCUAGUGGCCGAGAUAUUGCGUUGAAGAUCUUGAAGGAGUCAAAGGGGAAUGGAGAAGAGUUCAUCAAUGAACUAGCUAGCAUGAGUAGAGCAUCUCAUGUUAAUAUCGUUUCUCUGUUUGGAUUUUGCUAUGAAGGAAGCAACAGAGCUAUAAUUUAUGAGUUCAUGCCGAAUGGAUCGCUUGACAAGUUUAUAUCCGAGAAAAUGUCAACGAAGAUGGACUGGAAAAUUUUAUACAACAUUGCCGUAGGUGUAGCUCGUGGGUUAGAGUACUUGCACAAUAGUUGUGUAUCGAAGAUUGUGCAUUUCGAUAUAAAGCCACAAAAUAUACUCAUGGACGAAGACUUUUGCCCCAAGAUUUCGGAUUUUGGUCUUGCCAAACUGUGCAAAAAGAAAGACAGUGUCAUAUCGUUGCUAGACGCGAGAGGGACCAUAGGGUACAUUGCUCCUGAAGUGUUCUCCAAGAACUUUGGAGGAGUUUCGCAUAAGUCGGAUGUGUAUAGUUAUGGAAUGGUAAUUCUUGAGAUGAUCGGGGCAAAGAACAUAAAAAGACCUGAAUCUACAUCCAAAAACAGUUCAAUGUACUUCCCAGAUUGGAUCUAUGAAGAUCUCGAGAGGAAAGAAACCAUGAAAUAUUUCGGAGAUCAUAUAAUUGAAGAAGAAGAGAAUAUAGUGAAGAAAAUGGCAUUGGUGGGCUUGUGGUGUAUCCAGACCAAUCCAUCAGAUCGUCCACCAAUGAGAAAAGUCGUUGAAAUGUUGGAAGGAAGCCUAGAAGCUCUGCAGGUUCCACCUAAGCCUCUACUGGAUUUACAUGUGGUAACGGCUUGGGAAAGUGUUGAAGAGAGUCAAGAGACUUGUUUCUCGACACCGAACCAGUUAGAGAGACCCAUAACUCUUUAAGUUACUCUUAAGCUUUUCUUCGAGA